AUGCUUACAUUCGGAUUGCUCCUGACCGUUGGAGUAUUCUUUUGGAUAUAUUUUCUAUGGAGUCGACGAAGUCUUUACAUGAUGCAUUCUAAGCUGCCCGGACCCUUGGGACUUCCAAUUUUGGGCAUCGCUUUAGAGUACCUUAUCCUCAAUAAACGUAAAAUGAUCACACGAACCAAGUAUUUGGAUAUGUAUGGGUCAACCAUUCUGGUCUGGAUUGGCCCAGAGCCCUUUGUAGUCACACGGGAUCCAAAGAUUGCCGAGGAAGUCCUUUUGUCGUCGGAAUGCAUCAACAGGAGUUCGCAUGCGGCUGAUCCGAUUGCUCUUAGUGUUGGAGAUGGGUUGUUCACAUUAAAAGGAAACAAAUGGAUUACGCGUCGCAAGCAGAUGAAUCCCACAUUCAAGCACAAUAUCCUGCUCAGUUUCCUUCCCAUUUUCAAUGCCGAGACGAACACUUUGGUCAAUUUGCUGGACACAUACGCCGGUGAUGGCGAAAAACAGAUCCUUAGUGAUAUAGUCAGGUGGUCGUUUAGAAUAUCCACUCAAACCACUGUGGGAACUGAUGUAAAGCAUGAAGAAAACUUUAAGAACGAUACAGUCUUAAGAAGUUAUCAGUCGUUAUUGGAACUGAUAACAAUGAAUGUUUUAAUGCCCUUCACUCGAAACAAAGUAAUUUCCACGCUGUGUGGAUUUGAAGAUCAGAGAGCGAGGGCCGCUUUAAAUAUUAAAAAAAUGAUAUCCAAAAUAGUCGACAAAAAACUAAGCUCAAAGCCAGAAGGUAGCUCCAAGCCCGAAGUUAACUCUGUGAUUAAUAGAGCUAUUGAAAUGUUUCGAAAUGGUGAAAUGUCAAUUGAGCAUGUGCAGGGGGAAUGUAGUAGUAUAGUGGUGGCUGCCUUCGAGACAACUGGUCUGACGGUGUGUCACACACUCACCCUGCUGGCCAUGUUCCCCGAGUACCAGGAUACGGUCUUCGAAGAGCUUAAGGAUCUCUUCCCAACGGCCGGAGACUUCGAAGUGACCUAUGAGGAUCUGCAGAAAAUGGUUUACUUGGAGCAAGUGUUGAAUGAGGCUUUGCGACUGAUACCAUCCGUACCAUUUGCGCCGAGAGAAACAACGCAGGACUUCCGACUUUCGAAUGGAGCUCUCAUUCCCAAAGGAGUAACCAUUGGCAUCGACAUAUUCAACACUCACCGCAACCCGGAUAUCUGGGGUCCAGAAGCAGCGAAGUUCAAUCCCGAUAACUUCCUGCCGGACAACGUCCGCGAUAGACAUCCUUACGCCUUCCUUCCGUUUUCAAAGGGAAAACGAAAUUGCAUAGGCUGGAAGUAUGGACUGAUGUCUUCUAAGCUCGCCUUAGCCAAGAUCCUCAGGAACUUUAAGAUACGCACUUCUUUCCGCUAUGAGGAUCUCGUUUUCGUUGACAACAUUGGCAUGAAGCUGGCCGAGUCACCAGGAAUAGAUUUUCAACGUCGGACUUAGGGCUCUGUUUGUUCUUUUUUUAUGAGCCAAAUGAUGCUGACCAA